CUGGGCUUGGAGCAGGAGUUUCUGGCUGAUCCACACCUUACCAUCUCGUAUGUCAACUAUUCUCUGGACCAGUUUCAGCUCUUGUUUCCCUCACUGAUGAUUGUGGUAGAGCAGAUAAAGACCCAGAAGAUUCACGGUUGUCAGAUCUUGGAGACAGUCUACAAAUACAGCCGUGGUGGCUUGCCACCGGUGCGCCAUGCUCUGGAGAAGGUCCUGGCCAUGUGCCAUGCCGUUUUAUACAAGCAGCUCUCCGCCUGGAUGCUGCACGGACUGCUCUUGGAUCAGCACGAGGAGUUCUUCAUCAGGCAGGGCCCCUCUCUGGGGGUCAUCCCGGCCCAGCCUGAAGAAGACGACGAUGAUCUGGGCAUCGGAGGACUCACAGGAAAGCAACUGCGAGAGCUGCAAGAUAUGAGGCUGAUUGAGGAAGAGAAUAUGUUGGCCCCUUCUCCAAAGCAGUUCUCUCUCCGGAUGGAGAUGCUGCCUUCCUACAUUCCAGCUCGUGUCGCCGAAAAAAUCCUCUUUGUAGGGGAAUCCGUGCAGAUGUUUGAGAGUCAGAAUGUGGCUCUUACCAAAAAAGGCUCCAUCCUGAAGAACCAAGAAGAUACUUUUGCUGCUGAGCUGCAUCGCCUCAAGCAGCAGCCCCUGUUCCAUCUGAUGGACUUUGAGUCUGUGGUUGACUGGAUCCGGAGCACCGUGGCGGAGCACUUAUGGAAGCUGAUGGUGGAAGAGUCCGACUUGAUAGGCCAGCUGAAGGUCAUUAAAGACUUUUAUCUCCUGGGGAGAGGAGAAUUGUUUCAGGCCUUUAUAGAUGCUGCACAGCACAUGCUAAAGACACCACCAUCCGCAAUGACUGAGCACGAUGUGAAUGUGGCAUUCCAGCAAUCAGCCCACAGAGUGCUCUUGGACGACGACAAUCUCCUGCCUUUUCUUCACCUGAUCAUCCAUUACCACGGAAAGGAACACCGAGACCCUUUGCAGAACCGGGAAACCCCUUCUCGAGAGCUGUCUCCCCACGAGUCCCCCACGUCCGGCUGGGCUGCCUUGGGGCUCUCCUACAAAGUUCAGUGGCCUUUGCACAUCCUCUUCACUCCUGCCGUCCUGGAAAAGUACAACGUGGUCUUCAAAUACCUGCUGAGCGUGAGGCGAGUCCAAGCCGAGCUGCAGCACUGCUGGGCUCUGCAGAUGCGGUGCAAGUGCCUGGAAUCCCGGCGGACGGAUGCCAUCAAGUGGCAACUGCGCCAUCACAUGACUUUCCUUGUGGACAAUUUGCAGUAUUACCUGCAAGUGGAUGUCCUGGAGUCUCAGUUCUCACAGCUCCUUCAACAGAUUAACUCUACCCGUGAUUUUGAGAGUAUCCGACUGGCCCACGAUCACUUUUUGAGCAAUCUCCUGGCCCAGUCCUUCAUUCUCUUGAAACCGGCUUUUCACUGUCUGAAUGAAAUUUUAGAUCUCUGCCAUAAUUUCUGUUCGUUGGUCAGCCAGAACCGAGGGCCCCUAGAUGAACGGGGUACAGCCCAGCUGAGCAUCCUGGCUAAGGGCUUCAGCUGCCAGUCCUCCCUUCUGUUCAAGAUUCUUUCCAGUGUUCACAACCACCAGAUAAAUUCUGACUUGGCUCAGCUGCUGUUACGCCUGGACUACAACAAGUACUACACUCACGCUGGAGGCACUUUGGGCAGUGUGGGGCUAGAAUGAUUAGCCCACAGAUAGAAUCCGAGGCCACGCUUUUCAAGAAGUGUCCUGGUCUGCAAUGGCAGCAGCUACAUUCCAGCCACACCGGUGAAGGAGGAUGGAGGCGCGAGAUUUGCCCUCAGAGCAACUUGGUCAUGUUUCUUGCAGGGCCGUCUCAGCAUUUGCAAGUGGAGCUUUGUAUAUUAAAUAGCUUUCGGGGGGGGG